UUGUAAAUGAGAAUUGACCAAACUUACGACGCGAGCGAGAGUCGAAUAACAGCCUUUUUCUGAAAGCAAUAAUCGUCUAAUUUAAUAAAAACUUUUAUAUUUUACAAUGUUAUAUUGCUAAUGAAGUGCCUAAAUAUUUUGAUGGUUUUUUAUAAGUAGUGCAUUUAAUGCUAUAGUGAUGUCGAAGAACAAAAUCGCCGCACGGAUAGACAGUCAAAAUGUUGAAGUCAAAACUAAGUUUGAUGCGGAAUUCCGGCGAUUUUCCCUCAACCGCUCUGAGAAGCUCAAGUACGAGGACUUCAAGGGUCUGAUCGAGAAGCUACACCGGCUGCAUGACGUCACAUUCCUCAUCUCGUACACGGACCCUCGGGACGGAGACCUUCUGCCCAUCAACAACGAUGACAACCUCGCUCGGGCGCUGCUCACGGCGCGCCCGCUCCUCAGGGUCAUCAUACAGAGGAAGGGUGACAGCCUCGAAGAGCUGAAUGGGUACGGCACGAUGCGGCACCGGAAUUUCAUCUCGUCCAUCUUGAGCGGAACGCCCGCCAAGAACAAGGGGCUGGCCAUCUCCAACCCCCACGACUUUAGAAUGGUGUCGGCCAUCAUCGACGUGGACAUCGUCCCGGAAACGUGUCGGAGGGUGAAACUGCUCAAGCACGGCUCGGAUCGGCCGCUGGGGUUCUUCAUAAGGGACGGCACGUCGGUGCGCGUGACGCCGGGCGGCGUGGAGCGUGCACCCGGCAUCUUCAUCUCGCGGCUCGUGCCCGGCGGGCUGGCCGAGUCCACCGGCCUGCUGGGCGUCAACGACGAGGUGCUCGAGGUCAACGGGAUAGACGUCUGCAACAAGACCCUCGACCAGGUGACGGACAUGAUGGUGGCCAACUCGUCCAACCUGAUCAUCACGGUGCGGCCCGCCAACCAGCGCGCCGGACCACCGCCACCAGCCACCGCCUCGCAGCCCAGCUCCGAGCCCGACGACGACAGGUUCGACCAAGACGAACAGGACGAGAUAGUCGACCUGACGGCCGUGACCCUCGAGGAGCCGGAAACCUUCCCCCUGCCGAGCAAGGACGACGGCCAGGUGCUACACCUCUAGUGCAGUGCAGUGCAGUGCAGUGAUACAGUGCAUAUGAACCCUACAUCUUCAUAGAUAGCAGAAAAUACCGGUUGAACCACGCUAAAGGCUGAUUUAGGGUCGGUUGCACCAAACUGUUCGUAUCGUUAAAGAGUUCGCUAAAUUUUUAUGUAUGGAAUGCUUCAUAGUAAAGCGCCGGGGCGCGCCGGCUGACGUUGAUCAGUCUGUCAAAUGUGGUUGGUGCAACUGGCCCUUAGACUGUGCGAGAGCUCGCAUGCGAGUAUCAUUACAUUACGGUAUUUGAUCGGUCGGCUGAAUUGGAUGUAACCUCAAUAGUCCUCAAUGUAACUGAAAUCGCAUGUGAGUUCGCGCGCC